CCUGACGUCAUUCAGUAGCUUCCGGGCUGGCAGCACUGGCCCGGUGAUGUUGAGAUUUACAAUUUGACCAAAUUUUAUAUACGUUUUUUAACAGACUAGCAGGCGUGAUUUAUAACCAAAUACACCCUGUUAAUAGAUUCAAUAAAUAUAAUGUCAGAGCUUUGGUUACAAGGAUAAAGAGACUUAAUCCAACCCCCCAGCGACUCAGGCGUAGCGGUUGAGAAAAGAGGUGAGAAUGUGUUGCUGAAAGAACCACCGCAGUUCAUCAUUGCUUGUCUGGUGUGAUUCAUCUCCAGCCCUGACUUCAUCCUCAAAGAUGAAGUUGAAGGAAGAUAUGAACCCCCUGCUGCUGCAGGUCUUCCACUCUGUGGUCUGGGUCUACUCGGUCAUCACCUUCAUACCCUGGUACUUCUUUUCCGGAGCUGGCACCAACUUGGAACGGGCUCGCCGGAUCAAGGCACGCUCAGUUAGUGGACACCCAGCAGGGCCUUACCGGGCCAUCAACAGCCAAGAGAAGCUGGUGGCAUGGCUGCACCCUAAGGUGGACACCCUGGACAAAAUGUUUGAAUACGCUGCGAGUCGGUUUCCACAGAGAGACUGUCUGGGCACCAGGGAGGUGCUCAAUGAGGAGGAUGAGCCCCAGCCUAACGGCAAGGUCUUCAAGAAGGUAAUUCUAGGGAACUAUAACUGGCUGUCGUACGAGGAAACCUACAAGGCAGCAAGGUGUUUUGGCAGCGGUCUGGCAGCGCUCGGCCAGAGACCUCAGUGUAAUAUCGCCAUCUUCUGUGAGACCAGAGCAGAGUGGAUCGUGGCAGCACAAGCCUGCUUUAUGUACAAUUUCCCACUUGUGACCCUGUACGUCACUCUCGGACCCACGGCCAUCGCCCACGGCCUGAACGAGACCGGGAUCACGCACAUCAUCACAAGCAAAGACCUGCUUCAGAGCCGUCUCAAGGCUAUACUCUGUGAUGUGCCGAGGCUGCAGUACAUCAUCGUAGUAGACACUAAACCCACUAGCUGGCCAGACAUCCCCAGAGGCAUCAUGGUCUACAACAUGGACGCUGUGAAGGAGAUGGGAUCCAAGCCUGACAAUUUAGCAGUAGACCGCAGACAGCCAGAGCCCUCGGACAUCGCGGUCAUCAUGUACACCAGCGGCUCCACUGGCAUCCCCAAGGGUGUCAUGAUCUCCCAUGGCAACAUCAUUGCUGGUAUCACUGGCAUGGCUGAGCGAAUCCCUAACCUCAAUGAAACAGACACCUAUAUUGGCUACCUGCCGUUGGCCCACGUUUUAGAGCUCAGCGCUGAAAUGGUGUGCAUCUCUCACGGCUGUCGCAUCGGCUACUCCUCCCCUCAGACUCUAGCCGACCAGUCCACAAAGAUAAAGAAGGGCAGUAAAGGGGAUACCAGUGUGCUGAAACCUACUCUCAUGGCUGCUGUACCAGAGAUCAUGGACCGAAUCUACAAGAAUGUGAUGACCAAAGUGGAAAAAAUGAGCAAACUCCAAAAGACGCUGUUUGUGCUGGCUUACAACUACAAGAUGGAGCAGAUCUCCAAAGGCUACAGCACGCCUCUCUGUGACAGGCUGGUGUUCAAACGAGUGCGUGCGCUCUUGGGAGGGAACAUACGGGUGCUACUGUCUGGCGGAGCUCCACUCUCCGCUGCCACACAGCGCUUCAUGAACAUCUGCCUGUGCUGCCCUGUGGGGCAGGGCUACGGCCUGACGGAGACCUGUGGAGCUGGCACCAUCAGUGAGAUGUGGGACUACAGCACAGGACGCGUUGGUGCUCCAUUGGUUUGUUCAGAGAUCACGCUGAAAGACUGGGAGGAGGGUUGUUACUACAGCACAGACAAGCCCAACCCCCGGGGGGAGAUUUUGAUUGGCGGCCCCAAUGUAACAAUGGGUUACUACAAAAAUGAAGCCAAGAACCGCGAGGACUUUUUUGUGGAUGAGCACGGCCAGAGAUGGUUCUGUACAGGAGACAUCGGAGAGGUCCACACUGACGGAUGCCUUAAGAUCAUCGACCGUAAAAAGGACCUGGUGAAAUUGCAGGCAGGCGAGUACGUCUCUCUAGGGAAAGUGGAGGCUGUUUUGAAGAACUGCCCACUCGUAGACAACAUCUGUGCCUAUGCGAACAGUGACCAGUCGUAUGUGAUCAGCUUUGUGGUGCCUAACCACAAGCAUCUAACGGCGCUGGCGGAGCAAUUGCAUGUGAGGGGCACAUGGGAGGAAAUGUGCAACAACUCGCAGGUUGAGAAAGAGGCCCUCCGCAUCAUUACUGACGCUGCUCUCUCAGCGAAAAUGGAGCGAUUUGAGAUCCCCAAGAAGAUCCGUCUGAGCGCUGAGCCCUGGACACCAGAGACCGGGUUGGUCACUGACGCAUUCAAACUGAAACGCAAGGAGCUCAAAACACACUACCAGGAAGACAUUGAGAGAAUGUAUGGAGGGAAAUAACACAUGCAAACACACUCCAAACAACACGUAUAUACUUGCACACAUACACAGGGAGCUCAGAAGCCACUACCGGGAACACUUGGGAGAGGAGUUCUACUUUAGAUAAAAAGAUAAAAAAAACACACACACACACACACACACACACACACACACACAUCAUCUCAUGCAACCUCCUCCUCAGCUUCCCUGCGACCAGCUUCGAUCAAAACAAGGGGACAAAACUCUUGAAUCCAGCUUAAUGCUCUCUGUCAAGACCCUGGCCCUUUGAUGGAUUUAGCCCUUUGAGUUGCUAUGACAACCGAGGCAGCACACGAAGUCGGACGCCCGCAUGACUCGAACUGAAUCAAAAUGUCAGGCUAUACGUAUAUCUGGAUCAAUGUUAACGUGCCGUCUCUGUUGCUUCCCUUUCUCUCGCUCUCUGGAGCCUUCCACCAGUUCAGCAUAGUCGUGGGCUUGUAGUGCAGAUAACCUGGCAGGGAAAUUUGGGUAGCAUGAGCCUGAUAGAGGGAUCCCUCCUGGGCUUUCAGUAACAUUCAGGUUGGAAUCUAUGCAGGGAUCUCUAUUGUCUUUGACAGAUAUUCUCUUUUUUCAUGUGUCGCGAUGUUUCCUUCAUGUUUGGUUUGCUUUGUUUUUUCACCCAUUUGAUGAGUAUUUUGUGUGCGUACGUAAUCGGUGUUGCAAAGCCAUGAGAGAUUGAGCAUCAAGAUGUUUUUACUUUUACCUACAGUUAUUUCAUUUCUUUAUCCUCCUGUUUUUUUAUUGCCAAUUUGUUUACGCUAAUUGUACUAAACAAGCUUUGUUUACAAGGUUGUUUUUUUUGUAUUUCCCUACCCUUUUUCUGCCUGUGUCCCUUAGUUUGUUCAUAUGAGUGUGUUUACUGACUUGACUAGUAGAAGCGAUCUAGUCUUCAGUCCCUUCUGCUUUGCAGCAGAGUCAUGCCUUUACAGCAGGGUCAGACAUCAAUUGUAAAAGCUGGCCAUUGGGACUUUUUUUUCCCCCCAUUGCUACUCUUUGCCCACAGCUUCAUUGUUUUCAUAUCUUAGCAGCCCCUGGAUGCCUCCCAACCUGUGUCUUAUUGGUUGUUUUGUUGGUUCAUUGACAUACUGUAGCCCAGCCACAUCUGCCACAUAUUCCUCAAGUCAUGACCAAUGCACAGUAUGGAUGUCUCCAAGGGACCUUAGCCCAAUGUAAAAAAAAAAAUAAAAAUAGUUACAUUAGUUAGCCUUUGAUUGGUUGCUCUCCCAGUUACAUUUUGGUGCAACUGUACAUGUUAUCCUUUUUUGCCAUAGGUCUAGUUACUGUUUUUUUUUUUUCCCCUCUCUUUUUUGACUUAUGAAUAUGAAAUGCAAAAUGAAUGUGCAAUAUGUAUACACACAUUUUAAACUAAAGUAUGUAGGAAAAAAAAAAAAAAAAAAAACCGCACAUACAGCAGCCCCUCCAUAGUGUUUGAAUGUGUAGGCCUGUUACUCAUAUUGGAAAAGCUGUAGGAACACAAGCAUAGGAAUAAAGAAGAGGAUGGUAGAGAGACACUGACAGGGAAGUCUAGAUGUUUUGAACGUACUGUGCUUUUAAAGACUGUAAAGUGAAAAUUGAAUAUUUAGCAUUGUAGAAAUUGCAUGAUAAAAAGUGUGCAACUGUACCAAAGCACGAAGUGAGAGGAUUGCGCUCCAGUCGAACAACUGAAUCAAUUCCUUAUGAUACACUCCUUAUUUAAUUGAGAGUAUACAGCAUAAACUCGCCGACCUCAUAGAGUACAGGUAACAUUUCUGUAUCUUCAAAUUGGUUUAUGUGUAUGACACUGUAUGUGCAAUGUAUAAAAAGGGUCUUUGAUUCUGUCAACUGCCAUUUGUUUAAACCAAUGUAUAACCUACAUUAAUUACUUUAGGUUUUCAGUUUGGUGGAGAUAUUCUCUGAAUGGCAUCAGUACGAGUGACACCCUUGCUUCAGUCUCUUUCUUCCCACAGCUGCCCUAAAAUUUUGCUUUGCUUGUACUGAAAUCAUUUAGCAUUAAUAAAAAAAAGGCAUAGUCAGGUACUCUUCCUUCUUCUCUUAUCAGAUGUCCACUAGCUCAACACAGAAGGGUUAUUUUAGUACCUAAAAGUAUUUGACAGUACUAUCAUGAUGAGCUGGGAAGCCGUUCCUUCCGGUUUUCUUUUUAUACCAGUUCUCUUUGCUGCUUUUCCUCUGCCUAGCUAGAGGCAGCUAGUUGCCUUCUGACACACAUUAGCUGUCUUCAGGGGUCUUAAGAAUGUGAACGAGCCCCACAUUUUGUUGAUAGCACAGAAUGCCGUGUCCUGCUACAUCAGUUUGAACUAACAAGACAAAAGACAGUGGGGUGGUGCAAACUGUUGUUUUCACUUGCGUUGUAAAAAAGGUUGAGAGAGGAGGGGGGGAUCAGUGAUUCAAAUUCAUUCAAACUACAAAAGUAUUGUACAGGUGUAAAUUCUCCUGUUAACAUCUUUAAUAAUCUUUGUUACUAACCAGUUUUUGGGGGUCUCCUUGAUUUGUGUGGUUAAGUGGCCCUGCGAACCAAGCUAUUGCAAGUGUCUCCUUCCUUAUUUAUUUGUGAUUUGGCCUUGAAAAUGAUGUAAUGAAAUAAAAAAAGGUUGUGUUGUAA